GCCAGCCAGCCAGCAAGGAUACAACAAGGAUACUAUCAUCGAGAACCUGUGGCAAUUGAAAUUGGAUAUGGCUGCCAACGAGAUUAUGACACCAACAGUCAAUGCAAAUUGCCAGUACUCAACCAGAUAUUGUUGGGAAGCAGAAAAAGUCAAAUCUUUGAUCAGAUUACGGGCGGAACUGUCGCCUCUGUUCACGGGCAAGCGAAAUGCCUCCAAAUAUGCCUGGGCCGUGGUUGAACGGGAGCUCAAUGUGCCGCUGCCUCUGUCGAAGAUCAUCAAGAAAUGGAACAAUCUCCUGCAGGAGUACAAGGCCAUCAAAAUGUCGGAGGAGCCCAAGCGCCGCGAGUGGCCUUUUUUCACCCUGAUGGAUGUCUACUUCAGCGACCAGGUGAACGAUCCCUCGCUGCGUCUCUUCUCGUCCACCAAGACCCUGAAGGAGACCCUCGACGACAGCGUCUUCGAGGAUGAUCCAAUCAUCGCCUCGGCCAUUGCCGCGGCCACCAGCGGCGCCUACAUGGACAUCGAUGAGCUGAUCAGGCGGCAAAAGGACCGUGCCGCCCUGGCUGCCGAGCGGAAGCUGGCGGCAGCUGCCAGCGGAGCCGCUGGCGACUACAAAUACGAGCUGAAGCCGAUGCUCCCGAACAGCAAGUUCAACAGCAACAGCGAGAUGGUGAAGCUGUCCAAGAGCGUGGACGAUCUGUCCAUGCAGCAGUACAAAAUCAAGCAGGAGCUGAUGCGCCAGCGCGAGCAGGAGCAGCAGGAGAACAUGGUCAAGAUCAAGCAGCAUGCUCGUCAGCAGCAACAGCAACAACAGCAGGCCCAACAGCAGGCCCAGCAGCAGGCACAGCAGCAGCAACAGCAGCGGUUCAUGAGCCACCAGCCGGCUUUAUCGCCGCAUCCACACCGCCUGUCGUCCUCGUCGACGCCACCGGGCCUGCAGCAUGCCCUGCAACAGCAGCAGCAGCAGCAGCAACAAUUUGCGGCGCGCCAGCAAGCGUACCAGGCACAGAUACACACUCCACCGCAAUCGCACAUGCAACAGCAGCAGCAGCAGCAUCACCAUCAGCUCGCUCAUCCCCAUCAACCGCCCACGCCGCGUCCCAGCUCGCCGCCCACCACGGCGCAGCAGAUCCACAUCACGGCCACCCAGCACCAGGCCGCCCAGCAGCAGCUCCACCAGCAGCAGCAGCAGCACCAGCAGCAGCAGCAGACGCUCAAGCAGCAGCAGCAGCAGCCGUACACAGAUCCCAACACCAUCGACCAGUAUCUGCUGUCGUGGAAUAACUUCCACGGCAACAUGUGUCGCGGCUUCCACUCUCUGCAGAAGGACGAGAAAAUGGUGGACGUCACCAUUGCAGCCGGCGGCAAGAUAUUCAAGGCCCACAAACUGGUCCUGUCCGUUUGCAGUCCCUACUUCCAGCAGAUCUUCCUGGAGAACCCAUCGAGUCACCCCAUCCUGCUGAUGGCGGACGUGGAGGCCGGUCACAUGGCCGGACUGCUCGACUUCAUGUACAGCGGCCAGGUGAACGUUAAAUACGAGGAUCUGCCGGUGUUCCUCAAGGUGGCCGAGGCCAUGAAGAUCAAGGGGUUGCACACAGAGAAAAACCUGGACAGCGAUGCCAGUGACAUUAGUUCGCCGCAUGAGAGCGACGGCACCGAGUGCCGGUAUGAGCGGGGCACACAUAGCGUCAAUAUAACCAGCGGACAUGCCACCGGCUACGGCGGACAGCCCCAGCACCAGUCGUCGCCGUCACCGUCCCACAAUGGCCCCAACCGCUGUCCCACUCCCCUUUCCAGCGGGGGUGGCGGAGGCGGAGGAGCUGCCAGCUACGCCGGCUUCCGGGAGCACAUCAAAUCGAAGGCGACGCUGGCGGAGACCUUCAUCAAGAAUCUCAAUCGCAACAACAACAACAACAGCAGCAGCAACAACUUCAAUAGCAAUGGCGGCAGCAUCAAUCUGACAGAGGCCGAGAGCAACAACUCCUUUGCCAUCCUGCAGGCCAACAGCAAGAAGAUGCUGGACUCGGCCCGCAAGCAGCACAAGUAUCUGGCCAAGCGCAAGAUCCUGAUGCACUACAACACGGAGCUGGGCGCGGAGAAGCGGCUCAAGGAGAUGGAACGAGAGCGGGAGCGGUAUCCGAGCGCCGAGCAGCAUGACGACGCGCUUAACAAUAACCACAGCCACGCCCACAGCCAGCAGGAGAGCAACAUCAUGGAGCCCAUUACGACAAUUGUGCCACAGACGCCGCCACCGGCCACGCACAACAACAGCUUCAAGAUUCGCCUCGUGGAGAGUCAUCAUCUGACCAACAGUGGCGGCAACAACAACAACAAAAACAAUAACAACAACAACAACAACAACAACAACAGUAGCAACAGUGGCAGCAACUGCCACAAUGAUGAUGAAGAAGCCUUGAAUCUCGUACAAAUCCCGAAUGCAAAUGGCAGCCGGGCCCGCCCACAAACCCCAACACGCUCAACGCCCACACCCACACCCACACGCACGCCCACAUCCACGCCCACGCCGGACAUACAGCUGAUAAAACGCGAAGUGGAGCACGACCUGUCGGGCGAGGCCACCCAGAACAAUGGCCAUGACGAGGAACUGCUCUCCGGCGGCUACGACCGCAAGUACGACGACAACAACAACAGUCGCGCAAUGGACAUGGAAACGGACUCGAACAAUAACAACAGCAGCAGCGGAGGAGGAGGCGACAUCGGCAACAACAACAACAACAACAAUGGCAUAGCAUUGGCUCUGGGGAAGCACAAGCUGCUCAGCGCGAUCAAUCGGAGCCUGGAACUGGAGCAACAGCAACAGCAGCAGCAACAUGCAGAGGAGCAGGAAGCGGAACACAACAAGAACAACAGCAGCAACAGCCACGGGGAGCACGACAACGAUGACAACAACAAUCAUAGCCAACAUUUGGACCUGAGCACCAUCAAGAACAUAGCCACCGCCGAGAUACUGUGUGGCCUCAAGAGCAAGGUCCUCAAACUGGAGGAGGAGCAGCGCGAGCGGGAAAGGGAACGGGAGCGGGAGCGGGAGAGAGAGGCCUGCCGCAAUCUUAACUCAGAGAUCAAAAAUGCCGAAUGACAGUCGCUAAUCAGCAGCAGCGGAAUAUAGAUAGGCAUAAACUGGGAAGACACUAUUCCCAGAUGGAAGAGAUGAAGAGUAUGCAUUUGAUAAAACAUUAAACAUAGAGAGAGACAACAUCCACAUACAUACAUACAUGCUAUAUAUAUAUAUAUAUAGAGAGAGAGAGAGGGAUCUAUGUAGUAUGCUAAUUAUAGUUAUUUAUUAUACCAUUUAAUAUCGUUAAUGUAAUUAUAAUGAACCCCGACCCCCCACCCCCACAAUACAUACAAAUACAUUGGUUAGGCCUAGCACUCCCAUACUCCCAGCACACAACAUUUUACAAUCCCUCUAGCCGCUAAGACUCACACGAAUCAUCAUCGUAUCGUAUCGAAUCGUAUCGUAUAGUAGAUCCCAAAAACGCUGAUGAAAUUACAAAUUUAUUAUUAGCACUUUGGAAACUCUGGCCCUGUUGCAAUACGUGUUAAGCUCAUGUUGAACAUAUAUUAAUAUCGAUUAAUCUUAUGGUAUGUGUAGAGCGCAGUAUGUUGUAGUAUAAUAUGCCUUUCGAUUUUUCAGCUCUAACGCUAACACAGUUCUUACAUUAUUUAUGCAUACUAUACACGUAUGUAUAUAUCGUACAAUGAAUGUAUCUCAACACCAAUCACACGCAUGCAUACACAUCACAUUCGCAUAACCUGCAUCCAAUCUGCACCAUACAUCGUACUAUAUGUACACUAUAAAAAUAUAUAGUAUAGGAAUAACAUCGGCCGUGUUCAGAGCCCCCAUUCACCAUUUUGAACAUGAUGCCAUUUACAAAGGAACAACAAAAAGAAAAGAAAAAGAAAAGAAAAAGGAACAAUAUAUGUAUCUCGUUUUUAGUUUUAACUUGCCAGACCCAGACACCUUUUUGAAUGAACGCACGCCCAGAUAAUACAUAAUACCAGUUACCAGUUACCAGAGCACGUAACCUUCCCCUGGAAACGGGUUCCGCAUCUUGUUAAUUGUUUUACAUGCCCCAAUGUGGCUGGAACGGAACCAAUAUUCCUCAACAAAUUGCAGCAGGCAAAACCAACGCAUCGAUUAGGGCCAAACCUUCGCGCACUCUCAGCCCCCUAAUCGCUGUCCUGCCUCACAGAAUCAGAAUCAACUCUCAACAACGUGCACAGCGUAAUUCGUACAAUAUUUAUUCAACUUAUUUACAUUUUUAAAAUUUGUGUAAUAU